AUGUCUUGUUCCUUUUUUUUUUUGCAUCAUCUUUUCUGUUUUCCUUAUUUUCUUGUUUUCACAUUUUCAUUUUUGUUUUCGUCUUUCUUUUUUCUUUUAAUUAAUUAUAACCUCAAUUUUUAUAAUUUCUACCUUCUUUCUUUCUUUUUUCUUUCUUUUUUCUUUCUUUCUUUUUCCUUAUUCAUUUAUUUUACUACAUUUUUAUCUUUUUUUUUAAUCUUUUUCCCCCUCAUCAUUGAUUUUUCUCUUCUCUCUUUGUCACUUUUGUUGACUAGAUCCUUCCUUCCUUCCUUCCUUCCUUCCUUUCUCUCUUCCUUCCUUCCUUCCUUUCUCUCUUCCUUCCUUCCUUCCUUUCUCUCUUCCUUCCUUUCUCUCUUCCUUCCUUUCUCUCUUCCUUCCUUUCUCUCUUCCUUCCUUUCUCUCUUCCUUCCUUUCUCUCUUCCUUCCUUUCUCUCUUCCUUCCUACCUUUCUUCCUUUCUCUCUUCUUUUCUCUCUUCCUUCCUUCCUUCCUUUCUCUCUUCCUUCCUUCCUUCCUUCCUUCCUUCCUUCUCAUUAAUUCAGACAUUUUCUUUUUCUUUCUUAUUUAUCAUGUGUUUACGAAAUGUAUGUGA